UGCUCUGGUGCCCACAUUUAAAAGGUGGAGCUGCAACGUUCUCGGAAAGGCCUGGGCUGCCCAGAACUUGGCCUGUGAUCUCCAGGAAUUUGCUUAACCUCUGUAGACUGCCCUGACUUUCACAGUGGAAGCUGGGAGGACAACCCUAGCCCCAGGAUCAGCCCAGGAUUUGGGGCCGUAACGAAUGCAGGGGGCUUAGUCCAGCCCUGGAGUAUGGAGAGCACACAGAGGACCAUGGCAGCCAUUACUGUUGCUCCUGUGUGUUGUGCUGAGGCUGGUGACCGGCAGCUAUGACCUUGCUUGGUCAUGUAGAUCUUCCUGACUACACCAGCUGUUUUUAGCAUUGUAAAACACAACCGUACUUAUUAACUGACAAGAGCAAAUGCAAUGAAAAAAAAAAAGGCAAAUAAAUAACCAACAGGCUGUAGGAAGAAGCCCAUUCUUGGUGUCUUGUUCAAAGAAGGUCCCAUGGGUGUGUUGCAUGUCACCAUUGAUGAGGAGCAAACAGAAGAUGUGGAUGGGGUGUCAGUGAUGUCCUGGGGUGCUCUUUAAGGAGAGAUGGAAGGACUAUUUUUCUCUGGGAUGUGGGGCCCCAGCUGGCUGAACUCUGGGACUGGGGUCAAGAACCACCAUGAGGACAGGGGCUUGCCCACACCUCCCGGGCUCAGUGUCCAGCCUGGACACUGCAUCUCCCCUUUCCUUUCCUACACCUUCGCUGUUGGACUGGACUGGCAGCCACACAGCCUGUCUCAAGUGCCUUGAAACAUGUUGAAUGGAUGUGGCACAGUCCUUGGCAGAGUGACACUACUGCACAGGAAUUUGUUUAUUCCCUUGGGUGGAAAAUGGCAGGCCAUGAGUAAUGACCAAUACCUAAGAUGCUGCUUAUUGUUAGAUGAAGGAAUGAGCUGUUACAUUUGCAUAUAUACUCCCAAACCGAUCCUUCAAAUUAAGGACCAGACCUGGCCCCUCCACCUCGGAGAUCCUGAAGGGAGAAGACAAGCAGAGCUCCAGGAGCCACAGAGUGUGGGGAUCCUUGGCUCAGGCUUCUGCGGAGUCAUUUCAUUGUGUUAAAAAUGUCAUUUUUGGAGGACUCGCGUGUGAAAAUGGAGUCUGAAGACCAAGAAGGAGACGAGCCCCAGAGCUGCUCAGAAGACUUGGACCGAAGGCCCCAGGAGCCAGACACGAGCUUCACCUCAAAAAGCUUUCCUUAUUCAAUGCGUAGUCCUCAGACUGGGGAGGUCUCUGACUUGAAUCAGCAGGUGUGGAUCCUGCAGGAUCAGAUCAUUGUGACAGUUCCACGGACUGACAGUGUGACUCCAGUCACUGUCACUGUUGUCCCAUGCAAGUAUCCAGAGUCCCUUGAGCAAGGCAGAGGGAUUCCCAUUUACAUGGGAAUAGAGAAUCCAGAAAUGUGUCUGUCUUGUGAAGACAUUGGAGGGCAGCCCACACUGCAACUGAAGCCUCUGCUUUUCCUGCUGGGCGUUCUCUGUCACGUUUCAGGAGGAGGAGAUACUGGAUCUGUACAACAGAGUCUCACCCGUGGAGCCCUUCCUCUUCUACCACUCCAAGGAUGGCAGGACCUCCACCUUCGAGUCCGUGGCCUUCCCUGGCUGGUUCAUCGCCUCCUCGGAGAUCCAUCACCCCCUCUUCCUCACUUCAGACCUGGGGGGAAAGAACAAUGUUAACUUCAAUUUAAGUAUCAAUGCUUGAACUCAGCCUGGAUGGGGCAGCUUGGUCAGAAGUCUUUGUUAAAUUUCCGAGUUCCCGGUGUGCUUUCAUUUAUAUUAUCUCCAAGUCAUUUCACAUCUGUGCUGAGAGGUGGGCAGGACCCUGUUAUCAUCACACUUUGCGAAUGACCACACGGCAUAGAAUGUGAGCUCAGACACAGUGGAGAGGGGUUAUGUCAGGCUCUCCUCUCAAGCUGAACUUGUCAGUCCCACAGCCUUCUGUAUGAGGGUGUUCUGACCCGAAGACAUUAGCUCCUUUUCUGUGGGUGGAUACGGAGAAGCCUUAGAGGUCAUUAAUCUUACCCAGGAUCGGGUGACUAGUGUGAAACUGAUUACUUUGUUUCUCUUUGUUUUCUUUCCUAUUUGGAUUACAUUUUCCAUAUGGUUUGUAUGUUGCCAGUAGAUUUCAAGUUGUAUAAUGUAUCCUUUUAAGAGUUAGUGAACGUUUAAAGGUAAAUAGUUCUUAAUAAUAGUUAAACUAUUUUUUCCUAAUUCUAAUAUGUAAACAUAAAGCCAAAUAUAAAUUUCAUGUGUUUACACAAUAGAAAGGCUAAAGCUAAGCUGUAAAAUGAAAUGGAAAAUGUAGUAAACUGAAAUUAGCAAGAGUAAUUGAAUGAGGCUAGCUCACUGGGGUUUAGUGGGGGAGAGAAGGACCCCUAUCAGUGGUGACAGGCCCGGGUGGAGAUAAUGCAUGUAAAAGAGCACUGCUAUAUGACUACAUUCUGUACGGUCUCACAGCCUUGAUUUCUUUGCCUCUUCUAGACUUUUCCCUUUAGGCAUAUUCACCAUCCACAAGAUGGGGCUUUAAAAACUGCAGUAAAGGUGGUAAGAGAACCUGAGGCAGGGUGAGGCAAACUACAAGCUAGCACACUGCCCGCCUCCCCCAGGUGGGAUUUGUGUGAUAUUCUUCAGGCACUCCAGGCUGCCCAGGAACAAAGGAUAGAAAGAAAAAUGGCUAACUGAUAGAGAUCAACAGUCAUGCAAGACAAGAGUCUCCAUCAGUUUGCAAACAUCUUAGUAAAUUACAAGAAAAAGGCAAUCUUACAAUAGCCUAAUCUCCAGAAAUCUGUAGACUCAUUUCCUGGUGCGCCAGCAUCACUCCUCCAUAGUGAUAUGAGGAACAAAGGCAAUGAGGAAGUGGCAGGUAAAAUUAAAUUUCCUUAUAACCUGCAGCCCAUUGACAAAUACAUGAGGCAAACACAGAGUACAACAUUUCUCCUGGAACCCCCUGCUGUCCUACUGUUCAUGCCUUACUAGUGGGAAAACAACCAGAGGUUGACAAUUAGCAAGGCCUCUGGUAUCUUCGGAGUCCUCUUUAGCAUAUUAAAGGUCCUCUGGAGGCCUCCCUUUUGGGUUUGCCUUCCCCAGUUCCAUGGUGUGUAACAGUCACUCUUCACAACCUCAGUGCAGUUCUUCCUGCCCAUGGUCCGGUUUCCGUGCUCUAAUAAUAUCACCUUUCUGCACCAAAGAUGUCUUCUAGAAUUCUUUCUUGGCUGUCAGCUCCAAACCCCACGAACCCCACCAUCACCCCAAAACUUCAUCUAAGGUGCCUUUUCUCAGAACAGAGAGCCUAGCUUUCUCACCAGCCAUGCUUCAGAUGAUGUAUUCUGAUGAAAUUAAGUCACUGUGGUAUAACUGUAGAAAGAUGUAGCUCAGAUCUGGUUCUAUAUAAUAGAUUUCUUAUUUUGGUCUGAUGCUACAAACACAGAAAAUUCUGUUUGCUUAAAUACAACUUCCAAAAUAGCACCAGUCACUUACAUUCCCCCCCCACUUUUGGACAAUCAGAACACAUACUCUACUAAGCAGGCCAGUAGGCAAUCAGUAAGCCCUGACUUAAUGCAACAUCUUGAUUCUUUAAAGUUUUCUUCCUCAAUCAAAUGUAGUUUUUACAUUGCAGCUUUAUUAAAAAAACAGCAUUAAAAUGAACUAAUUAGUUCUGGGAUAUUAAAUAGAUUUGAUUAUUGAAUAUUUACCACUGUACAUAUUGCUCAUAAAUGGUGACAUGUUCUCAUACCUGAGAGUUUACAUUGUUACAUUGUCAGUUAUUACAUCGGACAGCAGGGACCCGAUAACACAUUUGCUUGUGACAUGAUUAUGGUCUGAGUUACAGCAUUUCCAUCCUAUGAAAGGCUGUGCAGAAGUUCCAUUGUCUCUUCUCUUUACCAUGAAACUGUGCAUGCAGGCACCAUGACACUUUGUGUUGUCACUUGGCACAGAUUUGAGCUCAAACAAAAGCUCAAAUAUGAGUCCUGGGGUUAUGUAACUGGUUAUCCUGAUGACCUUGAAGGUUCUGAUAACAUAUUUAGAGUGGAAUCAAAAUGAAAACAUAGUCAUCUCUAGCUUGGGGAGCCUGGAGAGCAGACCUCCAGGCCCCGCCCUGCUUAUCUAUCGUGUUUGAGAAAGACCCCAGCAUAUGAAAUCCUGAAAGACUCCUGUAAGUUGCAGUGUCCUCAUUUUCAGGUGAACGCCUGGGUUUCUCCCAUCUGAAUAUCCACUGCUCUUGCAUGUGAGUUCUGUGAGCUCCAGACCAACGUUCACUGAAGGAUUUGGUUCUUCUGUGCCUUUGGUAUAAAGGGCAUGACGCACUGUGUUGGGGGAGGUGAUUGAGAGGAUGGGAGCACCAGCUGACCCAUGAGCUGGACCCUGGCAGCUGGAGGCUCCUCCCCGGGCCCCUGUUUUUGCAAUGUGUGCUCCGCUUGCCUUCCCAGAAGCUGCCCCGAGGACAUAGGCUUGAGGUAGUGAUGUGAUGUUGAGACAUCUGGACAGUAUGUGUGGCCCAGUUAAACCCGCUUUAUAAAUUUUUAACAUUCUAGUGGACGGGUAUGGAAAUGUACUGGUCUUGCCGCUGACCCACACAAGCAUCGUAUGUAAGUUCCCUUGCUUAUUAAACUUGCCACCUACUGA